AAGGAAUUAGCCUCCUCCCCACUCCAACUGUGUAACUUUAAACUCAACCCAAUUCCAAAUCCAGUAAACCUGUUGAGCGUCAUAAGGGUGUUGGCGCUGUCUUCUGAACAUUACUUUACGCUACGCUACCUCUCUGUUGUAUCUCGCUGCCAGAUUUCCUGAUAUUUUUCCUUCCACACUUCCAUUUGAGUAUAACGCGUAUCCAAGGUCAAACAGCUCCAAGAUGGCCAUGAUCUCAGCCUGGGUCUUGAUGACAGUUGUAUCCCUGGUUUUCGCUGAGGAGCAGAAACCUGAAGAGGACCCAUUUACCUUUGAUUACCACAGGCUUCGUGUCGGUGGUCUGAUCCUGGCAGCAGUCCUCUGCCUGAUAGGCAUCACUAUUCUCUUCAGUGGACACUGCCGAUGCAAGUUUAACCAGGACAAGAGAAGGAGGACUGGAAGCAAUGCCCAGCAGAUGCUUAAUGACCAAGCUCGGGCCAGUGAGUGUUAGGAACCUAACCUGAAGCUGUCAACCGACUUCCUGCCUCUGCAACAACCAAUAAACAAUCUAAAUGUGUGAAGGUGAAUUAUUAUUAUUUUUGGUCCAAUCUAAACCUGUUAAUUUAGAUGGAGUGGAAGAUCUCACCACCCUAUUGCUUUAGUUGGACACUUGGAACACUUACCACCUGAACCAGCCUAGUAUGCACACAAACACAUGCACACACUACGUAGAACACACAAAGUAGGAUCUUUUUUAUUAUUAUAUUCUUUUGUAUUUAAAACUAAAAGGCAACUUCAAUAUUAAUAUUUCUGAGCUACUUGUUUCCACUUAUUGGACAUAAAAUAUAGGAUAGACUGCUGUGUUGUUAUACAUGUUACUGUAGAAAUUAUUCCUAUAAACUACUGGACUGCAGUAUCAUAAAUCUCACCAUGUUAAUUGAUGUGUUCAUUAAGUUUUGUAGAAUGUUGAUAAUUACAGUCAUGUAUGGUUUAAACGAUUGUUAAAUAAAGUCAGUGUUUCUAUAUCUCUA